UAUAAUUACUUCCUCGUAUUGAAACUUACCUGAAUUUGUAACUGAAUAUAUUUGUUAAGAUUUAACGAAAAGCCAGCUCAAGUAGCUAGAAUGAAAUAUGAUAAAAUUUUUAUUGUGUAUUCUUGCUAUAUAUCCAGCACGCGGCUCCGUAGACGAACUGGCUCCCUUCAUCCCCUACAUGUCAGAGGAUUUGUACUAUAGCAUAUUCAAAGAUAACAAUGAAACUGGAUUCAGUCUUGGAAAAGGACACAAAUUUCUGAGUAAACGUGACAUAGACAGUUUUAGAAGAUUCGGUGUAUGGUCUGUGAAUGUUUUUUGGCCGUUUGCGUAUUACGACGAGGAUACCAACAGAAAGGCGUGCGCAGGAGUUAGAUACAUCUACAGGGGAUCUUUAGACUACAUAUACCGCUAUUACAACAUAAGAGCUCUAUAUCACGACACGUGGGAGUAUGACGUGGGUUACUUAUGCCACCAAAUAAUAUAUCGUUAUCAGAUUAUGAUUGAAACCUACCACAUAGUCAUUAAAAAAUUCGUGAAGGAUCCAGACAGGAGAAUACUGACCAUUCCCCCAUUUUUCUACUUCUACACGAACAUGAUCGAGCAAUCGCAACUGAUUUUCGAAUACGUGCAUAUGCUCGAAGAGUCAGAGGCCAAAUACCGAGGGAUCACUAACAUGCACUGGGUGGACCUGAGCACGAGAUCCCGUGUGAAAAAGAAGGGGUACUAUAAGGAUAUGGACGAUGCAACAGCAGGAGGUGACGCCGACGAUGAGGAUGACGAUCCCGCGAAAAUUGGCCCGAACGCACCACCUGAUAAGGACGAUAAAGUUGCCGCGGCCUAUGAGAGGCAACGAAUUGCCAUGUUGCUACAGAAAAAGAGAGAAAGAAAGAUUAAGAAGAAACUGGCCAAAAAAGGAAAAUUACAACUCAUAAAAUCAACUUACACACGAAGAAAAAACACCACUGGCUUCUGGUGGUUCGAUUAUGGUUGGUCUAUCGAAGGCUGGCCACCAAAAUGACAUGACUGUACUAGUACAGUCAACCGCAUAUCAAGUUACCCUGCAUGGACCUUUAUGCCGGGGCAAUAAGGGCAAGAUUGCACUGAUUUUAUAUGCUGUUGACUGUACACUGUAUUUUUUCUUGCGAGUGCUGACAUGUAAACAAUCUUCACUGUUCUCAAUGUUGUAUUUUGUUUUAAAUACCUAAACGUACAUUUUUUAUUAGCCUAUUGAUGUGUCCCACUAACAACGAUAACAUUCCCAAAAGGGGUUCACGUCAAGCGGGUGGGCGGUUGUAAAAUCAUAGACAAAUCUUUGACAAUGGCAUUUUUUGCGCUGAGUUCUGAGCUGUGACGUCCUAAAGCCCAGAGUCAGGGCUUUAGCACGUCACAGCUCAGAAUGCAGCACAUGAGGAGAUGAGAGAGAUGUGUCCCACUGCCUGUGCAACGACUUUCCCUUUUUCCACAAAUCUCUGACAGCCUGUUGCCAAACCCGCAGCCUAAUAAAAAAAAUGUAGGUACAUAAAAUAUUAAUUCAAAUGUACACAUUCUAAAAUAAUUAAUAUUUAUUACCCGCGAGUAAGUAUAUUAAAUGGUUUCGUCACACAUUAAUUUUAACCAAUUUUAGAAAAUAAUAAUGUUUCUAUUCCCGCUCGAUUAAUUUUUUCCAUCUCAAUAAUAUUAUCAAAAUCACAAAAGUGAUUUGUUAAAAAGUUUAAUUAAUAUUACUGUUAAAUCAUAAAAGAGGUAUGUUCUCAGAGCGUUUUAACCGCUGUGGCCGCGCUGUCAUUCGUUUUACUGUCUGACUUUAAUAUCUAAAUAUAAUUUAAUACUUUAAUAUCCGAUCUAUACUGUGAUAAUGUCAAUUUUAUGAAUGACUAGAUGUUGCCCGGGGCACCCCGGGGCUUCGCUCCCGUGGCAAUUUUGAGAUAAAAUAUGGCCUAUAACAAUCUUUGAUAAUGUAGCUUUCUGAUGGUGAAAGAAUUUUUAAAAUCGGUUCGGUAGUUUCGAAGAUCACCCGCCUCAAACAUACAAACUCCCAAACGCUUACCUCUUUAUAAUAAUAGUAUAUAGAUUGAUUUCGGAAUUAUUAUUACUUCCUCAAGAAAACUGACCGAUCGUAAUGACAGCGCAGCCGCCAGCGGUAUAAACACUCUGAGAACCACCAAAAAUAUAUGGUAAGAUUGUUUACAUAAUAAGAUACGAAAAAAACGGAGUUUAGGUACUUACAGACAUGUGCUUAUGAAUAAAAAUAUUUACAUAAUAAGAAUAUAAAUGAUUAAAUUAAU